AGAGAUCUUGUUACAUCAUAAAAAGUCUGGCUGCGUGUAAUUUGAGCUGAAGAAAGUGAAAGAGGAGGGACAAAGGGAAAUAUAAAGAAACACAAGGAAGUCGGAGAACCAGCUGUACGUUGGAACUGCGUCUGCAUGUCUGGUUUGUGUCCAUUCCAGUCUGUACAUGUAAAAGGGUUCGGGACUGGAGCGCAGCUCGCACAGCAAGCAGCUGGUUUGCUUCGGUUGCAGGUUGGGAAAUACUGCAUUGCUCUCGCGAUACAACUCACUGUCUAAGUUCAAAGGUUACUGAGGUUCAGUACAUGCCGUACCGGGCGAGGUUUGGCAGAAAGAUGGAGUGCGUCUCUUUACCACCACUGUCCAAUUUUGCCAUCUGUGGUGGCACCCAUGGGAAUGAGUUGACAGGCGUGUACAUCUUGAGAGAAAUGCAGAAACACAACGUGGAAAAGGUUGGAUCUGUCUCUAUAACCACUGUCCUGUCAAACCCACGAGCUGUGGACGCUUGCAGGAGAUACACGGACAGAGAUCUCAACCGCUGUUUCACAGACGACCUCCUGAGUUCCCCGAUCACAGAAUCCACGCCCUACGAGUUGAGGCGAGCCCAGGAGCUGAAUGCCCACCUCGGCCCCAAAGGAAGCGAAGAGGCCGUGGAUCUGCUAUGCGAUAUGCACAACACCACCUCCAACAUGGGCCUGUGCAUCAUAUUUAACUCUGCAGACUGGCUCAUCCUGCACAUUUGCAAAUACUUACAGAGCAAGAUAACGUCUAUGCCUGUGAGAGCACUCCAGAUGGAUUUACCCCUCUCUGAAGCCUUUUCCGUAGAUUCACUGGGAAAACACGGCUUCUCAUUUGAAAUCGGUCCUCAACCUCAUGGUGUGCUCAGAGCUGAUGUCUUCAACACGAUGAAGGAAGCAGUGGAUCUCACAAUAGAAUGGCUUCAGCAAUUCAACUCUGGAAGAACUUUUGAAGGUGGCGAAGUAGAAGCAUAUACCAGGUGGAAGACCGUCCACUACCCGAGAGAUCCUACGACCGAUGAGAUCACUGCUGCUAUACACCCCCAGCUGCAGGAUAACGACUUCAAGCUUCUCCAACCUGGCGAUCCCAUUUUCCUGUCAUUGUCCGGGGAGACGGUGAAGCACGAGGGAGACGCACUCUACCCCGUCUUUGUCAACGAAUGUGCCUACUAUGAGCAGAAGAUAGCUUACCAUUUAACACAAAAGAGCACUCUGACCUUACCGUCCAUAAAUGUGAAGAAGGACUGAGAGCAAAGCAACAGAGCGAGACCAAUAAUAUACUGUAGAGAUUUUAAAUUAUAAAUUGAUUUCUUCUGUGCACAUUCAAGAAUGAAUACACAACAUUUAGGUUUUAGUAUUCUACACAAUAACUUGAUUAUGUGAUGCAAUGCAGUGAAGCAGCGCUGCAAUAUGUGAAGGCUUAAAAUUAAUGGCUUGUGUAACACAAGAGUUUGCUGUUGAUGUACAUUACUGAAGGAUAUUGCACAGAUUACAAUUUUCCAUCCGCGAAUAUUGAAUUGUACGAACUAUUCUAAGGACAUAGAUUUAUAAUUAUCAUUAUUUUUCAUUGUGGCAACAAUGUCAAAUCAACCUGUUGAUUAAAAUUGAAACAUGGAUCACUUUAAA